AUGGCGCCCGGGGCCGCGCCGCCUGUCCACGGGGAGGGCUGGCGCCUGGACCAGCCCGGCCCCCCGCGUCCUCCCCGGGCCGGCUACGGAGUGGCCAGACGCUGCGGCUGCCUCCGCCCUCUCCCGCUGGGCCGGCCUCCGGCGAUGGGUUUGGGGGUCCGGCCCACCCGCCUCUGCCACGUCUGCCACCCUCCCAGCACCCACGAGCAUCUUUCAAAAAUUCCCGGUGGGCGGGGCCGAGCCGCAGCGGCCGCCUCUGGCCCCCCCUCCCCGGCAGCUAGUGCCAGAUGA